UGUUACAUAUAUUGGUAACACUGAAUGAAUCGUAAGCAUAUCAGAACUUUUACAUAUGAUAGGCUACGUCACCAACGAAUCUGUACAAAGUUUUGUGUUACAUAUUUUUCUAUUUCGAUUAUUAUUUUCAAAAUAACAAUCUUUUUGAUGCUUUAUAUUUCUGUAUUUUAAGAAGUUUCCGUGUCAAAAAUGGGAUCUUCUCAUAGUAUUGAAAUACCAGGAGGUGGCACAGAAGGUUACCAUGUAUUGAGGGUACAAGAAGGUUCUCCUGGUCAGAAAGCUGGUCUAGAAGCAUUCUUUGACUUUAUUGUAGCUAUUGGAAAUACUCGCUUGGAUCAAGAUAAUGAUACAUUAAAAGAGCUUCUUAAAAAUGGUGUAGAUAAAAAAUUAACACUUACAGUAUACAGCAGUAAAACACAAUCUGUAAGACAAACUGUUAUAGUACCUAGUCUUACAUGGGGUGGACAAGGUCUUCUUGGUGUUAGUGUAAGAUUUUGUUCUUUUGAAGGUUCUAAUGAAAAUGUUUGGCAUGUUCUUGAAGUAUAUCCAUCUUCUCCUGCUGAAUUAGCAGGUUUACGUCCUUUCACAGAUUAUAUUAUUGGUGCUGAUUCAGUUUUACAUGAGUCUGAGGAUUUAUUUACUCUGAUAGAAGCACAUGAAUCUCGAUUUUUAAAAUUAUAUGUAUAUAAUACAGAAGAUGAUUCUUGUAGAGAAGUUACAAUUACACCCAAUCAUUCUUGGGGUGGAGAAGGAAGUUUGGGUUGUGGAAUUGGAUAUGGAUAUUUACAUAGAAUACCAAUUAGGAAUAUUCAAGAACACAAAUCGAAUAAUUUAUAUAUGAGUAAUAUUAAAUCUACUAUUUCAAAUCAAGUCACAUCAAACACUACUCAUACAGAAGGAAGUAAUGUAGUUACUAACAUACCACCAGGUUUUUCCAUACCACCAAACUAUAUUUCAUCACAAGAAAACAUUACAAAAUCCGAACUUGAAACUUCUAAUGUGAUGCAAAGCACUUAUGCACCAAACGUUCAAACAUGUAAUGUUUCUCAAUUAAAUCCUGCUACUAUUGGGGGAUCUACUACUACUAAUUCUAUAUCUCAUGUUAUAUCUAAUCAAGGAAUUAUAAGUGCAACAUAUAAUAAUGAUUCCACGUUAAAUCAAAAUAAAAUGCCAAAUAUACCUGGUAUGCCAACAACUCCACCUUUAUCAACUUUUACUACUAAUACGACAGUUUUAAAUGAAACAACGGGCAUUGUUGGAACGUCGAAAAAUUUUACAACUGUACAAAGUAAUGUAUCACCAUCAAUACAAUUCAAUGUGCCUCAAUCUCAUGUUGUAACGACGCCCAUAUCGUUACCCGGAAUGCCACCUAUUACUGUCAGUGCAAGCUUACCACAAAGUACAUCUUUUUAUUCGUCUGUUCUUCAACAAAAUGAAUUAACUGAAGUUAGUACUGUUCCCACAUCUAUACCAUCAACAACACAGUAACGAUCAUAUUAUUUCUAAUGAAAAUAUCUGUUUUAUAACAAAGUACAUAUUGAAGAAUAAAAGUAAAAGAGCGCAAUUAUCUAUUA